AUGCCUCCUAUAUUACAAACCAUCGCCCUCAUGGCUCGCGACGUGGUAGAUAACAACGUUCUGAGGGACAAAGCCCUGGGCCCUUCCGCAACCAUCAGGCUCGUGGCAGCAAUCACAACAAGCGGCUGGAUUACCUUCGGCUUGAUAAUCGGCCUGGUCCUAAACACGCGGGGGAAAGCUAGUAGUUUUGUCCCAGAGUGGUAUCUCGACUCCAACGGCUCGGCCUGGGCAAAACUUGCUGUGGCAGCGUGGUGGAUCUCUAUAAUUCUGUUCUGGCCUGUCAUCUGCGUGGUGCAUGUUAUCUUGGCUGCUGGAAGAGGUGUUCGGAAUUUGUUUUUGAAGUGUGGUGGGAAGAGGAUGCAAAAGACGGAGACGGAGACUGCUGGAGUUACUGUUGUCUAA